GUACAUGGUGGGUUACCUUCUGAAAUUGUUUGUUGCGCAAUUGCGUCAGUUUCGUCCGGCGCAUUGGCGAAGGUGCAUGUGGGUGUCGUCCUUUCUAUUGAGCGAAAGAACAGUCGUCUCCGAAUACUAGUACGUCUAUAGACAGGUGUCAAUGGCAGCUACUGAGGAGAAGACCACUGGACCUCAAAGCCUGAUUACCGAGGAAUAUGUUAGGGAAGCUCUUAAAGCAGACAAGGGAGGCGAUGCUUCCUUAAAAUCUUGGAAGGUUGUCGACUUUACCAAACCUGGAGAUAAUUAUGUCGGUAUGGUUACAAGUGUGGCAGUUAAAUACUCGAUGUAUAGUAAAGAAGAAUUUGAGGUUAGCUAUAUUGUCAAACUCACUGCCCAGAAGAAUAUAGACGGCUUUUCAGAUUUAACAAAGAUCUUUUUUUCUAAAGAAGGGAAGUUUUAUCAAGAAGUUUUACCAGCAUUAAAUAAAGCAAUAACUUUGGCAGGCCAAGAACAACUUCACCUCCCUAGGUGUCUUUAUGUUUCCCUGGAAGAUGGGAAAGAGCACAUAUAUUUUGAAGAUCUAAGGACAAAGGGCUUUAAAAUGUUUGAUAGGAAGAAAGGCAUGGACCAAGAUCAUGUUGCCCUUGUCAUGGCAGAACUUGCCAGAUUGCACAGCGCAUCUUACCUCUGGAUGAGGAAUUUUCAGGAAGAGGCGACUGUCGCAAAAAAAUACGAAUUUCUUGUAAAAGACUGGCUAACCUUCACUCCCAGUGCCAAAAAGGUAUUUUUACCAGUAUUCGAAAAUGAUAUCGAUACUGGAGUAAAGAUGCUGGAAAAAAUUGGUGGAUAUGAAACUGCCAUUGACUGGCUGAGGUCCUUGAAACCUGAAGUAGCAGAUAUUAUUUCUGUUCAAAUCCAAAGUACAAGAUUCAACAGCAUAUGCCAUGGAGACUGUUGGAACAACAACAUCUUAUUUAGAUACAACGACGAAGGUCGCCCCAUAGAUGUUAUGUUACUUGAUCUUCAGCUGUGUCGCAAGGCGUCCUUGGCAUCUGACCUGAAUUAUUUUUUGUAUACCAGUGUGACGGGAGACAUCCGAAGACCAAAUAUUGAUGACUUCAUGUCCGUUUUACAUUACCUCCAUCGUAUCCCAAAAGUCUCAAAAAUAAAAGAGAAUUGUGACAAAAUGACCGUGAAAGAUCAUCUUCCAUCUGAAAAAAGACCGGAGAAAAGUAAAAUUAUAACUAUGACCUUCAAGAAUGGAGAGGAAUACAAGGGAAAAGUGACUGAAGUGAACAAACCUAACUCAAAGCGCAAAUUCGUGUGCUUCAUAAAACUAGAGGGAGGUAAAACUAUUGAAGUUGACUUCGAAAAUGAAAUAAGGGACUGGAAAUAUCUGAUUAAUGAAAAAGAAGAACAUUAUGAAGCACUUGAAGAAGUAAAAGAUACAGGACAGGAGAAAAUUGGUUCAAGGAAAGAGAGAAUUGUGGAUAUGAUCAAGGAUCUUUUAAUGAAAAAUUUUACGAUUUCCAAGGUGGAGUCGUCCGAAUUCAGAUUUACAGGGAUUGAUAUAGUUAAAACAAGAGAAGGAAUAGAAGUAAGCAUGGAGGAUUAUGCCCAAUCUAUUGAGGAAAUCAAAGAAAUAAGGAAAAUUGGAAAUGACGAACCUCUAACAAAAACCGAAUAUAAAGUUUUCAGGAGUGGACUGAGGAUGAGCCGAGCAUGGCUGGAAGAAGUGGAAGCCCUAUUCGAAAACUACCCUACCACUGAGAUAGAGAGGGCCGCCCUGCUUGCCAAGCACCUGGAUGGCAAGGCUAAGACUGCCCUCCGCUCACUGGAUCAGGGUCAGCAAGGGGACCUGGUGGAAGUUCGCCAGGUCAUUACGAAGGCGAUCAUGCUGGAAGACCUCUACCAGUGUGUACCUGGACCACUCGCAGUGCAUCUUAACGACAAGCAACCCAAGACACUUGCGGUAGCUUGUCGCCUGGCUGACGACUGGGAGACCUUCAACCCAUCUUACAGCACCGCCCACCGACGCAUAGUGCCACCCAGUCACCUCUCCGGAUCCACACGGCCAAAGGACACCCACCAAGGACACCUAUGGAUUUGCAACGUUUGCAAGAAAAUGGGUCACCUCGCAGCAGAGUGCUGCCUCAAGAGCGCCCCGAACCACAAACCUCCUCAGAACCCUCCUACGCCACCGAAUGGUGCCUCAGCCUCCUCUCAAGACCAGUCAGAUGCCCUACGGGAGACCCAAGCCCAGCAGAGGGGCUCCUGCAGAGCCUGUUGGCUACAGUGCACUACUCCCCCGGAUAUCCCUGGUGCCCUAAGCAUGUGCCUUCAACCAGUGGCAUCCCCUGAGAAGGAGACGAUCACACCUCAAAGCCUGAUCACCGAAGAGCAUGUUCAGGAGGCCCUUAAAUCCGACAAAGGAGGUGACGCUCUUCUGAAAUCCUGGGAGGUUGUUGACUUCACUAAGCCAGGAGAUAAUUAUGCUUGCAUAGUGACGAGUGUAGAAGUCAAAUACCUAAAGAACAACGAAGAAUGUGAAGUCAGUUAUGUCGUCAAACUCAAUAGCCUCAGGAAUCUUGAAGGUUUUCCGGAAUUAACGACGGUCAUGUUUGAGAAAGAAGGAAGGUUUUAUCAAGAAAUUUUACCAGCGUUAAAUGCAGCAUUACUUUCUUCAGGGCAAGAACCCCUCCAUCUUCCUAAAUGUUUCCAUGUCUUCCUGGGACCUGAUAAAGAGCAAAUUUAUUUUGAAGAUUUAAGAGCGAGAGGUUUCAAAAUGUUUGAAAGAAGGAAAGGUAUGGAUAAAGAUCACGUUGUCCUUGUUUUGAAGGAAAUUGCUAGACUACAUAGUGCCUCAUAUCUCUUGAUGAGAACGUGUAAGGAAGGGGACACUGUCACGGCAAAAUAUGAAUUUCUUUCAAAAGACUGGUUAAACUUUACCCCCAGUGCUAAAGAAUUGUUUGUACCGAUGUUUCAAAAGGAGGUUGAUACUGGGGUAAUGAUGUUGGAAAAAGUAGGUGGAUAUGAGACUACCAUUGACUGGUUGAAAUCAUUUAAAAAUGAAGUAGAGGAUGUUCUUGGUCCUCAAAUGCUAAGUGAGAUAUUCAACACCAUAUGCCAUGGGGACUGCUGGAACAACAACAUUCUCUUUAGAUACGAUGCUGAAGGUCAUCCUACAGAAGUCAUGUUAGUGGACCUUCAGCUGUGUCGUGAGGCAUCCAUAGGAACUGACCUGAGUUACUUCCUUUAUACCAGCUUGACCGGAGACGUGAGGAAACCUCAUUUAGAUGACUUCAUGUCUGUUUACCAUUCCUCCUACAAAGAAGUUCUCGAAGGAGGUCACUUGCAGAUGUACUUUACCCAAGAGGAUCUCAAGAGAGAAUUUCGAUGCAAGAAUAAAUAUGGUCUGCUUUUCGUCUUCAUGAUCUUGCCGGCUUUGCUGAUGGAACCGAGCGAGGUUCCUGAAUUCACUGACAAAGACAUGGAAACUCUUGCGCUAGAAUUCAGAGCGAUAGCUCUCGAUAAACUGAACACGAAUCCCUUGUUUAAACAUCGUUUUCUGUCAGUUCUUGAUGAACUCAAGGAAACGGGACUAAUAUCCUAAAAACGGGUAAAUAUGUUAGGGAUAUUUCUUCAUAGAUCAGUUUUGAUGACAUUAUUAUUAUUAAUAUUCAGAAGAUGAAACCUAUUCAUAUGGAACAAGCCCACCGCGGCCACUGACUUAAAAUUCAAGCUCGCAAAGAAUUUGGUGUUCAUUAGAAAAUUCCAAAAAGAAAUGAAUUAACGUUUAGAAAAAUGAAUGAAAAUGCGAGGAGAAUAGUACUAGGGUAGUAAUGUAUUGCAUCUUCGCUUGAACUUCUCUUUAUGUAAAACCAUUUUAUUCAGAAACACUUAUAAUUGCCAGAAAUAGUAUAUUUUUAUAUUAAGAAAUCUUAGCCUAAAGGAAAAAUGUAAUAUUCAAUAAUAUACAUACUUUAGCGCACGUGGUAGCACUGUUUAAGCAUUUCUUAGUGAUGCAUGGGGUCUAGUUUAUAAGUCUACAAAGUUGAUUGUAAAUUUGCUUAGAAUUGUUUAACUAAAGAUAUGAAAGAUUCUCUUUUAUAAAGUGUUAAAAUUUUAUUUGCAACCAUGGUUUAGACUGUGCUAUGAAUAUUCCAUGAUGUCAUAAUCUUGGUAUAUCGUUGCAUCGGUGAUGAACAUAUCUUUUUCGGAUAAAUUUAAGAAUGAUAAAUAUGCCUUUGAAAUUUGUUUUCCCAAAUCUGUAAACAAUGGAAAAUUUUUUUAUACUCUAUUAGUAAAUAUCUGAAGUCUUUGAUGUAUGUAAUCUUAGAACUAAAGUAAUUAAAUCGUGUUGUUAA